CGCGAGCAUUCAUUUGCGGAUGCUGACAGGGCGCGCUGGUCUGCUGUGCUCGCGAGCGGAGUGAAUUCGGAGCUCAAAAGCCGAAGGACGUACUGUCAAAGUGAAACGCAGUCAAUAUGAGCAAAGUUCAAGGCGCGAUGAAGUGUGUGAAAUACCUGCUAUACAUAUUCAACUUUAUAUUCUGGCUGGGGGGCUCCCUGGUCCUGGCAGUAGGCCUGUGGCUCCGUUUUGAUCCAGAAACCAGGGCAUUGUUCAGCGAAGAAAAUGCACCAGACACCUACUACUUGGGCGUGUACAUCUUGAUUGGUGUCGGAGGACUCAUGAUGCUUGUGGGUUUCUUUGGGUGCUGCGGGACAGUCCGGGAAUCGCAAUGUCUUCUGGGAUCGUUCUUCGCCUGUCUCCUGGUCAUCUUUGGUGCUGAGGUUGCUGCUGGGAUUUUUGGCUUUUUAAACAAAGAUAAGAUCAUUGAGGAAGUGCAAGGCUUCUACAGUGAAUCAGAAGAUGAGAACAACAAUAGUACAGUGGUGAACAUGUACCACAAAGUUUUGGAUUGCUGUGGAAGCAGCACAUCAAACAAUUCCCAGUGUCCUGAAAUAGAUCCAAAAAAGAAGGACUGCGAGGAGGCCAUAAAAGACUUUUUAACCAACAAGCUCUACAUCAUUGGAUAUGUGGGGAUUGGCAUUGCAGGAAUCAUGAUUAUCGGAAUGAUCUUCAGUAUGGUGCUGUGCUGUGCGAUACGGAACAACCGAGAAGUCAUUUAGAGGUCCUACCCCCAACCUCCCAACCCCCAGUACCCUUACGCCUUCCCUCUGUCCCAGGUCCCCCUGCCACAGCCAAGCAAAUCUCCAUGGCGCCAUCCUGAGGGUGGUACAGGCUGAAGAACGGGGGGAUUCCCCCUUCCCACAUAAGCGUGCCGACAUUACCACAGUCUGGCCCAGUGAUGUCACCGAUGAGUGCCAUUACCAGGAUCCCCUCAUGUGGGCCAGGACGGUUUUCCUCGGACCUCUUCCCCUCCCCUCUCACCUGUAACCCGUUAACUUAUUGACUGAGCAAGUCCUGCCGGAGCCACUUGCUGCUGCACUGUGAUGUCCACAGCCUUAAUGGCCACCAGAGACCAUUUGUCAUGGUUCCACAAAGACCAAUGCCUGAUUGAUAGUGAUAUGACUACUUUGAUGCCAUGUAAGGGCGAUACUGACCCCUUCACAUCAGCAGUCAUCCACUUAAUACCAUUAACUUGGCUUAAAUACACACCUUCGCUAGUUUAAUUUAAUCACAUUCCUUGAUCACUUUCCCAAGGAAGGUCACCAACAUGUAAAGACGUUUGUCCUCUCCUCAGAAUAUUGUCAAGCAGACAUAUUAAAAUUAGUUACGACAUCCCUUCAAUGUUGUGCAAGGGUUAGGGAGACUCAUAUCUGGUACGCUGUCCGAAGGAAUUACUUGGGGAGGCGGGUGGCACCCAGUCAAAGGGGCUGCCCUUUAGUAACUGUCCACACAGGUCAGGUGAUGCCAGGCAGUGUUGGCAGCUGGAAUAAAAUAUGACAUGCAGAACCGAGAGUGGCCCAUGCAGCUCCCUUACGUGCAAGUCCUGAAAUAAAAUUGAUGGCACGGUGACAUGUACAUUUUGUGUGAAUUUAACUUUGUCCAUUUUUUAAAGGAAUGCACUAUUAAGGGUGUAAUGAACUGCUGACUUAUAGCUGUAGAGAGUGUUUCCAUGUUAAGAAAGACAGCUGUUCUAAAUAUGGCGACUGUUAGAGUGCCUUUGUAUUUGUAAAGCAGAAAAAUACCCCUUCAUUUAUAUAGAUUUUUUUUUAAUUAUUACUUGUGGGUAGGAAAAUAGACAAUUUUUGGUAGAAAUUGAAGGAGAGGAUUUGACACUUUUUUUACAUUUACAUCACAUUUACAUUUAUUUAGCAGAUGCUUUUGUCAAAAGUGAUGAACAAGUGAGGCAAAUAAUAGAUCACUAUUUUAUUUUACUAGCACUGUUGUCAUGAUUCCUAAUUCUUCGCUAAGUCCCUUGUAAAAUCUGAGGUCUAUCUUGAAGGAAUUCAAGCUAAGCCACAUUCUGAGGCACAGUGUGUCAUAUUCAGCAAACAUACAACAUUCUCACAAACAUUUUGCCUACUUUCUCAGUUGUACCCUUUCCACCACCUGGUUUUUAUUUGUCUCCUUUAAAAAAAAUAGAAUGAUUAGGAAUUAUAGAAAUAGACAGACCUCUGAUAAUAUGCAUCUUCACAUAUUUUAUAUAGGAAGGUAAAAGACAAGACAGAAAAGAAAUGGCAUACACAGUAGCCAAAUUUGAGUACAAAAACAGUUACAGGUGCUUGCAGUACGGUACCGUUCAUGUUUGAAGUCUUUUUUAAGCUCCGAAUAGGGUCUUUACUACCUUUUUAACAAACAUUAGCAGGAAUUUCAUCAAGGGCAUCACUUGCUGUACAUAAUUCCUCCCAACUCAAUUGCCAGAACAGUAAGAGAGUGUCUAAGAGCUGUACCUGUGUACAGUGAGGAAAGAAACCCUUUAAAUUACAUGAUUCUUUCAGAUUUUAACUUCAAAUGUAAUUGGUGUAAUUUGACAGUUUAGCACUACGGCUUUUCAAAAUUGUAGAAAUGAGAACUAAUAAACUUUUGUAGAAUUACUUGA